AUGGCCAUCGUGCAGACACUGCCGGUGCCCCUCGAGGCCGCCGCUGAGGGGGCUGCGCAGCUCCGCACUGCCGCCUGCUCGCCCCUCACCACCAUGGGCAGCGUCGGCAGCCUCCUGCCCAGCCGGCCCCGCCAUGACCGUGCCAGCCAGCCCUGUGACGGGGAACCCCCCACCGCCUCCUUCCGCAAGCAGGAGGGGCUGCUCCGGGCCACCCCCAGGGACCCCCCAUCUCCUGAGGAGCCCUGCGUGACCAUGCCUGGCGUCAGCCACGCCUAUUCCAAUGGGGGCUUCUGCGGUGACUGGCUCGAUGGCCCCUCUCCUGCCAGCCUCUGCAGCGACUCGGAUGAGCCCCGUGAUGAACCAGCCCCCAGUGAUCACCUCCGGGGGCCGCCCCCCAAGCUUGUCCCUGUCUCCGGCAAGCUGGAGGAGAACGUGGAGAAGACCCUGAUCCGCCCCAUGGCCUUCAAGCCGGUGGUGCCCAAGCUCCGGAGCACCCAGCCAGGCACGCGCCCAGGGCUCUCGGAGAGCCAGGUGAGCCUCACCCACUUGCUGGGUGCCGAGAAGCCCGGCUCCCUGAGCUGCCGCGCCAGCACCCUCUCGGACUCGGGGCGCAACUCCCUCUCCAGCCUGCCCACCUACAGCACGGGCUGCAGCCAGCACCCCGAGGCAAGCGCCCUGCCGGUCACCCCCCACGGUCCCCCCGAGCCUCUGGGGGGCUGCCGCCCCUCCAACUCGGACAGCGGGCGCUCGUCCUCCAGCAAGAGCACAGGUUCUCUGAGCGGCCGGGGCCGGCCCUCCUCAGAGAGCGGCUCCUGUGGGCGCUCGCCCCUGCCCGGUGAGGAGGCCAUGCUGGUGCGGGAGCUGGAGGACAAGCUGCGGGAGAGGGAGGCCGAGCUGCGGCUCCUGCGCGACAGCCUGGACGAGAACGAGGUGGCCAUCUGCCAGGUGUACGAGGAGAAGCAGAGGCGCUGCGAGCAGGAGCUGGAGGGGCUGCGGCAGCGCUGUGCGGCCCAGGCGCGGCGGGCGGCCCAGGCAGCACAGCGGGGGCAGCAGGUCCUGCAGCUCCAGGUGCUGCAGCUGCAGCAGGAGAAGAAGCAGCUGCAGGAGGACUUGGCCCAGCUGCUGCAGGAGCGGGAGCUGCUGGAGCGUCGCUGCGCCUCCUUCCAGCGUGAGCGCACCGAGCUGGCACCCCGGCUGGAGGAGACCAAGUGGGAGGUGUGCCAGAAGUCGGGGGAGAUCUCGCUGCUGAAGCAGCAGCUGAAGGAGGCGCAGGCGGAGCUGGCGCAGCGGGGAGCCGAGCUGCUGGGGCUGCGGGCUCAGCUGCGGGAGGCGCAGGCCCAGCUGCAGGCGGGCGAGCGGCGGGUGCAGGGGCUGCAGGAGGCCGCCCGCCUGAAGGCGCUGGAGCUGGAGGUCUGCGCCAAUGAACUGCAGCGCCGCAAGAGCGAGGCUGACCUCUUCCGCGCCAAAGCCGGACGGCUCGAGCAGGAGCUGGCGGGGCUGCGGGAAGCCACUCGGGGGCGGUGGCCCCCCCCCGGCGAGGGGUGCCCCCCACCCAGCGAGGGAUGUCCCCAACCCGGCGAGGAGCCCCGGGGCGGUGCGGGGCUGCGGCGGCAGCUGGAGCGGCUGCGGGCAGAGGUGGCCCUGGAGCGGCGGCGUGGGCAGGAGCAGCGGGACGCCUUCGAGCAGGAGCGCGGCACGUGGCAGGGCGAGAAGGAGCGGGUCAUCCGCUACCAGAAGCAGCUGCAAUACAGCUACAUCCAGAUGUACCGCCGCAACCGGCGGCUCGAGCAGCGGCUCCAGCAUCUCCGGCUCCAGGGGGAGGACUCCCCGCCCGAGCCCUGUGACCCCCCCGGCCCUGACCCACCCUUCGAGGAGAUCACGGCCACCGAGAUCUGA